GUCGACCUCAUCUCCUUCUCCUACCCAAAAGGCGGAGACAAGGUGAAGAGCCAGAAGUCAGGCGACAAUUGAUGGUGAAACGGGGGAGAGAAAACCAAAAGAGCGAGGUCGUUUCGAAAUUGAUAAAUUUCGACGCGGGUCGCAGGCUUCGAGGCGCAGUUUGGCGUGGGCACUCUCGGAACUUUGGCGGCGUAGACGCAAGGCACGACGCAAUUCGUGACCCGUUUUUCUCGAGCAAUUCGGGCACCGUCUCUGCCAAUCUCUGACAGCGCAUAGGUCGAGUGAGCAGGAGGGAGAAAAAUAAAAGCUAUCAGAUACGAAGAUUCGGGCUCUUUCCUCAUCACUCCGCCCUCAUCUACCAGUAGCACUCCUGCCAUCGCUUUGCUCCCGCGUCACCUCGCCUUUUCCAUUUUUUGCUUCGCCUGAACUCUCGCUCCGCGCCUCAAGAUGGGAUCGCAUAUCGAAGAGCUGCCCUACCUGAAGACGGACCCCAAGUUCAUCUUCUUUACGGACUUCGAUGGCACAAUCACCUUGCAAGACAUUGCCCGAUUCGGCAUGCCGUGGAGUCAGACACACAUCAACACCGGAUAUUCACACGAGCUGAACUAUUCUCUGUGACGUGCUUUGUUUUAUUCUACCCUUUCUGAGCUUCUAUGCUAACGCUGUCGACAGGCAAUGAUUACAUGGUCAGAGAGCAAACUCACGACUUGGCAUGGCGGGAUGAAAGCUAACAUGCGGUUUGGACGCAGACCGACAACAUCGGAUUUGGGGCCGAGAAGCGCCGGCAGGGAAACAAGGACACGCUGGAAAACAAGGUCACGUUCCGCGAGUCGUUCGCCGAGAUGAUGGACUCCAUCUCGAAGCCGUUCCCGGAGUGCAUCAAGUACCUCACGGACAACAUUCAGCUGGACCCUUACUUCACGCAGUUUCUCGAGUAUGCCCGCGCCAACAACAUCCCCGUCGUGGUGCUGUCCUCGGGCAUGGCUCCUAUCAUCGAGGCGCUGCUGAAGAAGCUUGUCGGCGAGGAUCUGAGCCGCGACAUCGCUAUCGUGGCCAACGACGUCAAAGCCCGGCCCGGUAAGACGCUCGACGACGAGGGCGGCUGGCAGAUUGUCUUCCAUGACGACAGCGGCUUUGGGCACGAUAAAUCUCUCACCAUCCGCCCGUACGCCAGUCUGCCGGCCGACAAGAGGCCCACCAUGUUCUACGCCGGCGACGGCGUCAGCGACCUGAGCGCCGCGCGGGAGACGGACCUGCUGUUUGCCAAGAAGGGCAAGGACCUGGUCACGUAUUGUGUGCGGGAGGACGUACCUUUUACCCUGUUCGAAGACUGGAGCAGCAUCACCGCAAAGGUCAAGGACAUUGUCGAAGGAAAAACAACAGUGAAGGAAGCGGCUGCGGAGGGAUAUAGUCUUUACAAGCAGAGCUUGAAGACUGCGUAGAUUACACCCCGUGUCCCCCCGGUCACGCAAGCGCCGCAUUCCGCACACCGCCGCAUCACGUUCGCAUCAUUACAUAGACGGCGCCUGCCUCGUCUUCUUCCUUUCUUUACUUUUUCUCUCUAUAGACGAUCAUUCCGCAAACGGCGAGCUUGGUAGCACGCGCUAGACGGUAGAUAGUAGACGACCAGAUAGACAAAUGCCAUGGCCAUUAGAAUGCCUCUUUUCA